GCAAUAGGAAGCCAUUUUCUGAAAUCUUACGGACUUGAAUACUCGCGAGUAAUCAUGGAUUCACUCGCUGAUACCUAUAAAGGCUCACAAUAUCCGAAUGCUCACUGCUGUUUUGGAACACGAAACACACACUCAGCUCAGCACCUGUCACCUAAGUUCUGACAUACUUUACACAAGAAUACAGCCCUAUAAUCUCCAACCGAAAAGCUUAAUAGUAACAUUUUCAAGCCAUAUCCGCAAUACAAAAUAUUGGUCUGUGCCUGUUACCGUGAUCUAUUCGACCAUUGACUACUAUACAUCAUGACCUUGAACAUGACGAACAGGAUGCUUGAUCAUGUCCUGCGAGUGCUGCAGCUUAUAUUUGCCAUCAUAGUUAUGGGAAGUGACGGCUACGCUAUUCAUGUAUUUCGCGGCCACACUGUCCACGAACACUUCGACUUCGGUAGCUUCUACGAUUACUACGGCGUCCCUAAUGCAUGGGGCUUUCUGAUGUUCUGCGCUGGCUGGACGGUUCUAACUGUCAUCUAUCACACCAUUGCCAGAAUCAGAUUCCCGGAUGGUGCGUUGAUUGGUUACAUUAAUGUUGUCGUUGAGACUGUGGCUGUUCUCUCAUGGCUCGCUGGUUUCAUUGCUGUAGCUGUUCAAAUUUCAACCGACACCUGUUCGACUGGAAAAAACUCAUGUAAGAUCCUCAUCGUGGCGACAGUCUUUGGGGCGCUCGAAUGGCUACUAUUCAUGAUUACCGCAGCCUUGACUGCCAUUCCCAUCUCCAAAAAGUUUCCCAAGCCAAAGGCAUCUACGACUGGGUCCGACACAGCUAUCUGAUCAGCUCUACAUGUUAUCCGGGGAUCUCAGAGCCAAUUGUCGCAUUACAAAAAGUCUCACCAUCGUCCUUCAAGAAAAGAUAUGUUUUUGGAAUAGUUGUGCUUGCACUGGAUGUUCCAAACAAUUUUGAAAGAGGAAAAAGAGCUGGACCUUGAAACCUCUGCUUUUGAUCGUAACAUGAUCCAAGUAUCGAGUAAUCUAUUCCACAAAUAUUCAAUUCUGUUACAUGAUGUAAUAGAUUCACUCUGCUAAGACGAUCCUUCUACUCGGAUUAAUCUCAGCCCACGAUGGAAAUGUUGACUGCGCUUUAUCGAAAGGCUAGCUGAACCCAAUUUCUCCCUGCGAAGGUUUUUUUGUAGAGUUGAAAGGUGCUUUAUCAAUAUAGAGUAAUAAUAAUAUUCCA